AUGAAAAAUAUUCGAGAAGAAUUGAUAAUCUGCCUGAUUAAUGAUAUUUAUACAAAUGCUCAAGGUGAUGAUUGGAAUGAAAUUUAUGAAGAGCUUAAGGGUCCAAAAUAUAUUUGCUCAACAUGUGAAAAGCCUGGGUACACUAUCGAUGAUUGUGAGCAUUGUUUGAGAGAUUGUUUAAGAAAAGACUUCAGUAAUUGGACUUCAAACAGUUCAAAUAUUGAUGAAGCAAUUCAAGAUGCACAAAUACAGAUGCCUUUACCGCGUGCACUGACUGAAUGGAUACCAUAUAUUCAUCUCGAAAAUAUUGAAUUCCUCAAACAAGGCGGAUGUUCAUCUAUUUAUACAGCUACUUGGACAAAUGGACUUAUUACUUCGUUUGGAUCGGCCACGAAUAAUGAACGAUUUUUAAAUGAGGUUAUUAGUAGUGGAAUAACAAGAGACCCUCUAACAAAAGAUUUUGUGUUAGUAUUGAAAAAAUUGGAUGGAGAUUUGCGAGAUUACAUUUUCAAAAAUCAUAAAUCUUUAACUUGGAAAGAAAUUUAUAGAUUGCUUUC